CGGUGAUUGAGCUCAUGGAUGACUAUGCCAGCGCCUUCUCCAAGCUGACUUCAAUUGAGAGCAACUGGAGGGUCGCGGACCUAACUGCCAGCAUUGGGGGAGAACUUAUUGAUGGACUGACCGCACUGCUUGACCUCAAGGCCCCUACCCCUCAGGAACUACCAGUGGAACUACCAGGCGAUUUCCAUCCCGAUUCCGAGUGCGGAACUGUGGCGAAACUGGUACGCAGUGUGGCCCGAGUAGCCGCGGGUGUGUCACGCGUGGUGGACACCGAGCAGAACGACGCGAAAAUCAACGCCAGGGACUACGAAGUGUGGAUUCGAGAGUCUCAAAGGCGAGGCUUCCUCGGCACAUCCGGCGGCAGCAGGGUUCGCGUCGAAGGCAGCGUCGACGCACAAACGGCCAUAGUGUUUCCGUCUAAUCCAUUUCGAUGUCACGAGACGGCAAAGCUGAUAAACACCCAGGUUGUAGGCGUCGAGGCGGCACGAGGCCCCGCAGAAACUCCCUUCAGCGUCCGUGUGCCUACGGAGAGCUACUUGAAAAGGCCAACACCACUCGACUGGGACGGACACGCGGGCACCUACGAAACAUCGUUCUCAAACGUUUCCAUGCACGUGAUUAACGUGACCGAAGCAGACGUGUUCCUGAAGAUCGACGUGUUCACCUUCGACACCCAAACAAGAUUUAUAACCGCCGUCGUCUCUGGUCGACGUCCAUCUAGGUUGGACUUCCUCGAGCAGAACAGGUUUCAUCUUGCAAGCAACGUGCCGCACGAGAACCGAAUCGAAUUUGUCCAGAAGCCUGCUCUGGUCACGGUGGCUGUUAUACCGCUUACUAACAGUUCGAAAGCCAGGUUACUUGACCCGUAUCGCAGGAGGGGUGACGAGAACGGCAGCGCGACUUACACGAUGAAGUCGCACUUCUACAGCUGCCUUUUCUGGAACAAUACGGAACAAGCGUACUCGAGUUCAGGAUGCCGCGUUCUCGCGGAUUCUGACGAACAGUUUGUUCACUGCGCUUGCGAGCACAACUCCAUUUUCGCGGGCGGAUUGUUCAUCGCUCCGCACCCGAUCGACUUCACCAAUUUGGGUUCCCUUCUGUUGACCAUGUCAAGAAACAUUGUGAUGGCCGUAAUUAUAUCAGCGGUGUGGCUCGUCUAUUUGCUGGUCAUGGUGUGGGCCGCGAAGCAAGACGCGCUAGACGAAGGCGCCGCGGGCAUAGAGUACCUCACAGAGAACGAGCAGGACGAUGCGUUUGGCUAUCUCGUAUCUGUGUACACGUGGUUCCUCAAGGGCUCUGGGACCACGAGCCGAGUGCUUCUCGUUGUCCACGGGUCUGACGACGAAUCCCGUGAAGUGGUCCUUCGCGACGGCGCGCGAAACCCAUUGGCGCUUCAGGCCGAUGGCCGAGACUGGUACUUUCUAAGCCAUCCGUCAAGCCUUGGAGAUGUUGAAGCAAUUUCUUUGACCCUGGAGCUGAAGGGCUACGCGAGCUCCUGGUACCUGAGCACAGUUGUCGUGAGGGACCUUCAAACGGCCUCACAGGUGGUUUUCAUCGUCGACGACAUGCUGACCCCGGACGCGUACAAAGGAGCUUCGACCUUUACCUUCCACGUUGCCGAUGAGGGGAGUCUUCGCAACCCGUGGCGAAUCUUCACCGCCAGAAUCAUCCGCUACUUUCGCGAGGAGCACCUCAUCUUCAGCAUUUUCAGCCGCUUGCCGACCAGCAACUUCACUCGCAAGCAGCGUGCCUCGCUGGCCCUGCUGCUCGUCACCACGGGCAUGAUGGUCAGCCUCAUGUUCUACGGCCUGGACGCCGACGAAGAGGAAUACUUCAACUGGCGUUUCUUGUACACGCUACUCGAGUUACCAACGCGGCCCGAGCUCGUCAUUGCCCUGCAGUCAACGAUCCUCGUCACACCGUUCGCAUUCCUGGUCGUCUUUCUCUUAGAGAAGUCCCGGCCACUGGCAUUUCGACGAAAGCCUACAGUGCCCAAGGUGUACGUCGAAGACGUAGUAGAAGACUGGGUUCACGACACGGACACGUCUACCGGUUCAGCCAAAAUGGGACAGGUGCCCAGGGAGCGUCUUACGAGCAGCGUGCAGCUGCCGCUGUUCCCAACCUGGGUCUCCGUAUUCGCCUGGCUCCUCUGUUUAUCCGCUUCCCUGGUAGCCUCGGUGCUCGUCAUACUCUACGGCCUGACGUACGGUUAUCGUCGAAGUCUGUCGUGGGUGCGCUGCAACUUCAUCAACAUUUUCCUGGGUGAAUUUGUGGUGAGCCCGCUCAAGAUCCUGUGCCUUUCGGCAGUCAUGGCUUGCGUGCUGAAGGCGCCUGUAGAGAUGGAGAAUAUACCGGUGCGCUUUAUUGAAUAGUCGCUACAAUCGAUUUUUGGGAGUGACUCGGACACAACAUUUCAGUAUAGCUGCCUGUUGCGAAUCAUGUGACUAUGCUGGAAUCAUGGAUCGUUCUUUCCCUCGAUUCGCCUUUUACAGUGCACUAGGCAAACACUCAAUGGAGCAGCAUGCAUUGUCUUCGCUUGAACAUACAUCCUACGAACGUUCCAAUAUUUGAAUUGUGCUGCACUAUAGCCGACGUAGCCGUGGCUAAGCUCAAUCUGUGGACACGCAACAUAUUCGCUUAGACUCGGGACAGUCGCACAACUCAUGUGGUACACCGCAUUACAGGCAGCUAUUUUGGUGACCAAAUUAUGGAUAUCUUUCUCUUGGCUGGCAAUAAUAAAGUAUAUUGAUUUAAAUGUUCCUAGGGGCUGCGCUAGAAGGAGACUGCGAGACAUUUGUCUUCAACUAAAUGAACAUUUAUUGCAAGAGUGACAUCAUGUUAGGACUAAGUAAAUUGAUAAAUAAAAAGCAGGGAGUGUA